AUGGAUAAGAACCCGGAGGCAUUGGAUGAAAUAAAGAAGGCGUUAGACAGCGAGGGCCAUAUAAAAGCCAAACAACUGGGUAGGGAAACUCUGGAAGUAUACUACCUUAGGGGUAUGGAGGGUGAUGUUGAGGAAGGCGAAAUACGGGAAGCUAUCUCCCGAGUGAUCGGACAAUGGACAGAAGGCUGCAAAAUGAGCCCAAUUAGAAUACUGCGGGACGACACAGCCGCGGUCACGGUUACCAUCCCUACGAACAUGGCGGAUGGUCUUCGACAGAGGGACGAGAUGAGGGUAGGUCUUGUAAGAUGUAAAUUCGAAAAAAGAGUGGUAGUCCCCAGAUGCAGGAAAUGCUGGAGCUUAGCUCAUAAAACCGGAAAUUGCGAUGGCCCAGAUAGGACCCGCAACUGCUACAAAUGCGGAGGAGAGGACCAUAUGGCUCAAGAAUGCCAGAGGGACGAGUUCUGCCCAGUGUGCUAA